GCUGGGAAUCUCCCGCCAGCUGCGCGCUGCGUCCCGGCGACGGCAGGAGCACGUGGAGCGGCCGGGGAGCCAGAGCGCAACUCCAAUCCAAUCCAGCCCAGCCCAGCCCGGCGGCGAGAUGGAAGAUACAAAACCAAAUGUGGAACUGAAAAGCACUCAGGAACAGUCUGUGUCCACAGAAGGCCCAGUGAUUUUGAAUGACUACGAUUUAACCAAACCACAUGAAACAGAAAAUGUGGACAGUGCAGAAGGCCCAACCAAUGAAGAUGAAGAUCUAGGAGAUGAUUGCAUGAAAGUGAAAGAUGAAUACACUGAAAGGGAUGAGAAUAUUUUAAAGCCAGAGCCCAUGGGAAAUGUGGAAGAGCCUGAAAUUCCAUACAGCUAUUCAAGAGAAUAUAAUGAAUAUGAAAACAUUAAGUUGGAAAGACAUGUUGUCUCAUAUGAUAGUAGCAGGCCAACCAGUGGCAAGAUGAACUGCGAUGUGUGUGGAUUAUCCUGCAUUAGCUUCAAUGUCUUAAUGGUUCAUAAGCGGAGCCAUACUGGUGAACGCCCAUUCCAGUGUAAUCAGUGUGGGGCAUCUUUUACUCAGAAAGGUAACCUCCUCCGCCACAUUAAACUGCACACAGGGGAAAAACCUUUUAAGUGUCACCUCUGCAACUAUGCAUGCCAGAGAAGAGACGCACUCACAGGUCACCUUAGGACACAUUCUGUUGAGAAACCCUAUAAAUGUGAGUUUUGUGGAAGGAGUUACAAGCAGAGAAGUUCCCUUGAGGAGCAUAAGGAGCGCUGCCGUACAUUUCUUCAGAACACGGACCUGGGUGAGACUGCAAGUGCGGAGGCAAGACACAUCAAAGCAGAGAUGGGAAGUGAAAGAGCUCUCGUUCUGGACAGAUUAGCAAGCAAUGUGGCAAAACGAAAAAGCUCAAUGCCUCAGAAAUUCAUUGGUGAGAAGCGUCACUGCUUUGACGUCAGCUAUAAUCCUAGCUAUAUGUACGAGAAAGAGAGUGAGAUAAUCCAGACCCGGAUGAUGGACCAAGCCAUCAAUAAUGCCAUCAGCUACCUUGGUGCCGAAGCCCUGCGCCCCUUGGUCCAGACCCCACCUGCUCCCACCUCAGAGAUGGUUCCAGUAAUUAGCAGUAUGUAUCCCAUAGCCCUCACCCGUGCCGAAAUGCCAAACGGUGCCCCCCAAGACCUAGAAAAGAAGAAUAUCCACCUGCCAGAGAAGAGCUUGCCCUCUGAAAGAGGCCUCUCCCCCAACAAUAGUGGCCAUGACUCCACGGACACUGACAGCAACCACGAAGAACGCCAGAAUCACAUCUACCAGCAAAAUCACAUGGUCCCCCCUAGGGCCCGCAAUGGGAUACCACUUCUGAAGGAGGUCCCCCGCUCUUAUGAACUCCUCAAGCCCCCACCCAUCUGUCCGAGAGACUCCAUCAAAGUGAUCAGCAAAGAAGGGGAGGUGAUGGAUGUGUAUCGGUGUGACCACUGUCGAGUUCUCUUCCUGGAUUACGUGAUGUUCACUAUUCACAUGGGUUGCCACGGCUUUCGUGACCCUUUUGAGUGUAACAUGUGCGGAUAUCGAAGCCAUGAUCGGUAUGAGUUCUCAUCUCACAUAGCCAGAGGAGAGCACAGAGCCAUGCUAAAGUGAACAUCUGGUCCCAGAGAUGAUUUAUGCCUGAGCAUUCAACAUAAUUUGUAAAAACCGACACCCCGCCUAACAAGCUAUUCUCCAAACAAACUCAGUUCCAAACCCCUUUCCAUACCACUUUUAGUGUCCAAAAGACUAUCAUUGAAACUUCAAUGGACAACAGAGAAAUGCUGUCUUCAUUCAGAAAUUGUUUGCUUUUAUAUCAUGUUAUCAUUUUUGUGAGACCUUUGUUUUCUCAUCGGGGACUUGAGUUUUUAUGACAUUUAAAAGCCAUUGAAGUAUUUGGUCAUUACCUUUUGCAGCAAUAGAACAAGCAGUCCUUGGAGUUUGUUGCCAGUCAAGAGUCCCCCAGCUGUGCUGCAUGAGACAUUCUUUCUGCGAUACAGUGCCAUACGUGGAAAAGUCAUACACCCAGGUCCACAAGAAGAGCUCACCAGCUAACUUCGGUGGGAAGACAUGCCCUUCUGCACUUAACAGAGGCUGAAAGUCUAGGAUAUAAUCUCCUCAUCCCUAAUUAGAGUCCAAUAGUAAGGAAAAGAACAGUGAUAAAAUAAGUAUCUGUUACCAGUUCCUGAAGACCCCAGUCUCCAAGCAGCAGACUCAUUUCUUAUCACACAAGGAAAAAAAAAAUCAAGUUAUUCGAUGAUACUUCUGCUUAUACCCUCCCAUACCAAUUAAAAAGCUGCUUUGGGUUAAACCAGUCCUGUAUAAGAGAAAUUCUAUACCAGAAGAACUAAUGGUUUUAAACAUAGACUAUCAUUGAAACUUCACAAAGUUGUCUGUUAAGGCAUCCAUUUCCUGUGGUCGAAAUUGGCCGAACUGGACUCUGAGGGGGAAAUAGUUCAGCAGCACCCCAGGAGGAGGGGGGCAGCUAUGUGAACGUUCUUGGUCUCCUUCAUGGAGCAUUAGUAUACAGACCUAAGGCAAACUUGCUGAUGAUUUUUUUUUUUUGACAGAAAAUAGACAAUCCAAAAAGCAUGACUUAGUCUCCCCUUUCCCACAGGAGAGGAAUGAGGGACAGAUAUCAUGAGUAUUGUUUGGUUCAGUGUUAAGCUUCCUGAAGAAGUGAAGAGAAGCGUACCUCUGCUAACAGGUUCUCCUUCAUCAAGGUGGAUAGGGUUUUCUCCCUGUUUUAAGCUGCUGUAUGCCAGGAAGAUUCCUGAAAGUCUGCUCUUGGUUCUGCAGAUCUAUUGGCCAGCUUUGUCAUUAAUUAUGAGAGAUAUGCUAUCAAGGAAAAGUGCAGGGAUAAUUGUAAAAUUAGUACUGCAGUAGAGGUCCCAAAAUCUGUUUGCAAAUUCCAUAUUGGCUGCUAAUUAGCUAUAUGACUUUGGGCAAAUCACUAAACUCUUAAAACUAAGUUUCUUUAACAAUAAAGAAUUGGGCUUAGACGCUCUCUAAGGUCCCUUCCAGCUUUAAAUUUAUGUGAUUUUGCUGUAACCCCACUUAUCUUUUAAGCCUUUUCAUGUAUGGGUACUAAGCAGGAGAAUAUGUAUGUGAAUACCUGUUUCACAUUUCUUUGGUGUGAAAAUGGUAGUGUUAAAUUUUUCCUUUAACUAUUGAGUUGUGAAUGUGAAGAGGAUGGUGGGGAGGAACAAAAAACAGGAAGGUAUUUUGAUCUUGCCCCAAAGUGUACACACAAAGUGGCACCUGCAGCUGCUUGCCAAAGCCUUUUUUUUUCUUUUUUUCUUUUUUAAGAACUGGUGUUAGAAUAAAUUCUGCUUCCAGGGACAACUUCAUGGAAUCUAUUUACAAAUUGAGAGUAGUUAUAUGCACACUUCUACCAGAGUCAAGAAUCCCCAAUUCCUGUUAGAUUUGCAUUUUACGUAUCUGCCUUGGUAUUUCAAAAGGGCUUAGGCAUUAGAUUCAAACUCAACUAACUUAUGUGCUGCCAGUAAUUAAAAUGUUCCCCCUCAGACUGCACAAAUGGCUUAGCCUUCUUUGUAGCAUGGUGUCUGUCUCAGGAAAACAGAUUUUGUGAAAUUCCAUGGUAACAGUCCCAACAUGUUUGAGAUUUCGGCUAAAAGACUGGAUGUAUUUCAGUUCAUAGUCCUCAGCAUUUCACUGUAUUUCCGUAAUCCUAGACUCCAAGCUACGCCAGGUUACUGACACGCAUUGUGGCAGAGGAGCUGCUUGUUAUACUCUUGAAAUGCCACACGUCCUGUUGACUCUUCAGGGGACAAAAGAAAGAGAAUUUGGUUGGAGAGAAAACUGGGGAAAGCAAGCAUUUCCAACAGAUUAGUGGGAAAGUCUUUCUGAAGAAACCAGUGUUGGCUCCUUAAGAUAGUGAAAGAGGCCCAUCCCACUAAGCUGGGGACUUUUUUUUUUUUUUUUUGAAGACAUGCCUCAUUUUCCCUGUGACUAACAGAUUUUCUGAAUGAUUUCCAUUCUUCUGAGGUCAGUUUUCUAAGUGCGGUGACCACUCACAAAUGCUACUUUCAUUGUAGCAUUCUGGGCCUAGAUGGGGCACACCGAGUGCAGAGAAAAUUUGUAUAUGCAAACUCCACGUUUGUAAACCAUCAAGUUGAACCAGGUAGUAUGUAGUGGCUAUCACCACACUGGUAAACAUGUCCUUCUGUAGGCACCGCUUUCCUUUCCCCGUGCUGGGGGCCGGGGAGACGGUGAAAGACAAUCUUAGCACGGUCGCUUAAAGAGAAGGGCAGAGUCAGGAUUCACAUCCAACCACACUGGACAGUGAGGUCCUGCAGCAGCUUCAGACAGUAGCUUUCCUUUCUCAGAGUCCCUCUGACACGCGCCCUGUAGAUCUGAGCUGUCUGUCACUUCCCACCACACACCCAGGGGGCCACAAUCCAGGGAACAACCAACCCCUUGCAGCCAAGGUGACAGAAUUGGGAUGAGGGGGGAAGGGAAGGGAACUGGCUCUCCAGAUGUUCCUCAUCACCCCUCUUGAAUUGUUGCACAGGUACUUCCUACUGGCAAGAACUAAACAGAAGUGUCUCCCCCAUUACCUUCCACCACCACUACCAGGGGAAAAAAAGAUAUAGAUGAAUCCACCAGCCUUUAGAUUCCUUAAGUCAUUCUCCCUAAAAGAUCCUUGCUUGACACAGAUAAGCUAACUAAUCUUUUGCCUUAUUACCGACUCUGAGCUGUUCCUGACUCAGCUUCUGACUUUGUCAGUGACAUUUCUCACCUUUUAAAUGCAGUGCUUAACAUUUUGCUAGGCCCAUAUUCACAGUGGCCCAGAUAUAAAGUGACCUCAGAUUUCUUUUGCAAAGAAAAAAAGCACAAAAUUUUGCUUAGUUGAAACACUGUGUUAUGAACAAAUCUCACACCAACAUAAAGUUUUUCCAAGUAGUCUCUGUAUCACUGUUCUUACUCUCCUCCUCUGCUUUUUCCCCUCUGCCAAAUGUGAGGUUUAGCAUGUUUUAAAGGAAAAAGCCCAACACAGGCAGUAAGAUCAUAAUGGAAAUAUUAAAUGGUUAGUGUCCUAACUUUAAAGUGUACCCCACAGAUAACAGAUCCAUUGAUCUCUAGUGGAGAUCUAGAAACCAGACCACUCAAGAUUUGAACCUUCAGAGACAGCCAAGUUCUUUCACAAAGACUUGGAAUUGAGAUUUAAGAGCUAAAGACAAGAAAGUGGAGUGAAUGGGGUGCCUGGGUGGCUCAGUGGGUUAAAACCUCUGCCUUUGGCUCAGGUCAUGAUCCCAGGUCCUGG